GUUUAAAGUAAGGAGUUAAAAGACUUGAGCAUUAUUUGGUAACAGUCAUAUUGUUAGCUUUCAAAGUACUUGUGAAAACUGAGUUGCAGAAUGGAUACCAAUUUCAAAUUCUCCAUGCUUUGAUUACGUCGUCCACAAGAUUGAAAUUUGUACCCGAAUUAUUCCAGAGAUUUCUUUGACCUUGGUUGUAGUUUGUGGUGAUUUCAAAUCAUCGCGUGGUUUAUUAUUUAUGGCAUCUAUAUCUCUUUUAAAUCCGAAAGCAGAGUUCGCAAAGGCUCAGCAUGCAUUCAGUAUCAAUUUGGCCGCUGCAAGAGGACUCUACGACGUUUUGAAAACCAAUCUUGGCCCUAAAGGGACCAUGAAAAUGCUUGUUUCAGGUGCAGGUGAUAUCAAGAUUACCAAAGACGGUAAUGUUCUUCUUCAUGAAAUGCAAAUACAACAUCCUACUGCAAGUUUGAUCGCGCGUGUAGCGACCGCUCAAGAUGAUAUGACAGGUGAUGGGACAACUUCAAAUGUCCUUCUGAUUGCUGAAUUACUGAAGCAGGCAGAUGUUCAUACUUCUGAAGGACUUCACCCCCGUUUGAUCACAGAAGGUUUCGAUAUCGCCGCAAACAAAUGUUUGGAUAUACUAUCCAAGUGUCGAAUCGAUUGCCCGUCAGAAAUGCCAGAUAGGAGCACACUCAUAUCAGUUGCAUCGACAUCCCUCAAUACAAAAGUCCAUUCUGAUUUGGCUAACCUCCUAACUGAGCAUGUUGUAGAUGCAGUAUUAUCAAUUCGGCGACCAAACGAACCUUUAGACUUGCAUCGGGUUGAACUGAUGCAAAUGCAACACAGAACCGAUAUGGAUACAACACUUGUUAAAGGGCUGGUAUUAGAUCAUGGAGGUAGACACCCAGACAUGCCUAAGCGUGUAACUAAUGCAUUUAUUUUGACUUGUAACGUCUCCUUCGAAUACGAAAAAACUGAGGUGAAUUCCGGAUUCUUUUAUAAGACAGCAGAAGAAAGAGCAGCUCUUGUAAAAUCCGAACGAGAAUUUAUUGACUCAAGAGUUCAGAAAGUGAUCGCUCUGAAAAGAAAAGUAUGUGGUGAGGAUAGUAGUGGUGACAAACCUGGAUUCGUAAUAAUCAAUCAAAAAGGGAUUGAUCCAUUUUCGUUAGACGCCUUCGCUCGAGAGGGAAUACUUGCUCUACGUCGUGCUAAGAAACGUAAUAUGGAAAGAGUAACUCUUGCAUGUGGUGGAUAUGCGCUGAACUCAGUCGACGAAAUGACACCUGAUUGUCUUGGACAUGCUGGCCUUGUUUAUGAAUUUGUUUUGGGCGAAGAGAAAUAUACAUUUAUUGAAGAAUGCAAAAGUCCGCAAUCAGUAACUUUGUUGAUGCGUGGUCCUAAUAAACAUACACUCAACCAAAUCAAAGAUGCGGUUAAUGACGGGCUACGUGCUAUAAAGAACACAUUAGAAGAUGAGUGUGUUAUUCCAGGAGCAGGAGCUUUUGAAUUAGUUGCUUAUCGCGAGCUAUGCAAAUUUGCACAGUCUGUUAAGGGUCGUGCUCGUCUCGGUGUUCAAGCAUUUGCAGAUGCGUUGCUUGUUAUUCCAAAAGUCCUAGCUAAGAAUGCCGGUCAUGAUGCUCAGGAAACAAUGGUGAAAUUGCUUGAAGAAGCGACUAAGGUGGAUAAUCGCUGCAACAAUAUUAUCCCCACACAGCUUGUAGGAAUUGAUCUUACUACAGGGGAAGCGAUGAUCCCUGCUCAAGUUGGGGUUUAUGACAACUUUAUUGUGAAAAAGCAAAUAAUUAAUUCUUGGUAAGCUUGUUGAGUCGUAUUUCGUGUUUUGUGGAUAAACAUCUGUUUAGCUAUUUUUUUUACUGAUCGGUAAUUUUAUUUUUUAAUUAUGUUGUGACUUGAACUUGGAUCGAUUUUUACCCCGUGCCAAUUGUUGUGUCCUUGACCGAAAGAUUAGAGAGCAGUGUAUUAUCGAUCGGACCAGAGACGCGUAAAACACGUAAGAACGACUUAGAGUUCUGAUUGGCCCUGCUAGCUAGCUAGCUUCCCUGUCUAGCCCAGCCAGUUGAGUCCGGAACGCAAGUCUCAGCCUCUGAGAUAUGAAUCAUUGUAUUUCAAGCAUACUCUGUUUAUAUACCAAUCAACCCGACCACAACGUACCAAUAAAAUAGGAAAUAACAUUUGUACAAUAAUUAGCCAGAAGUGGCUGUGAAUGAGGGAGGUAGCGAUUAACAGAUAGGGAAUAAUUCAUGAAUGGUAAAUCGUACAAUAGUAGUUCAUAGGUCAACAUAAAGCUCAUAAUAAGAGGGGUAUGAAUAUGAACAGUUUAGUUGCAUAACGAUUAUGCGAUUAAAAUAUACUCAUAAUAUUGGUCCAUAAUUGGAUCCCAAAAAUUACCAUUCAUUAUUCUUAUCUGGACACAACAAAUUAUUUAAAUGCUCAGUGAGAUUCAACUAAAACAGUAUACUCUAUAGUAUUUUGAGUUGUUCGUUUGUUUGCGAAAUAACUGAUCAUUGAUAGCUAGUAAAUUCAAAGUUCAGUUAUAGAUGGAUAUUUCAAAACCGGUUAAAAUUAACUGAUCUCGCUAGAAAACAAUAGAAGUUGAAUUAUUUUCUGAAAGUUUGAAAUAUAAAGAAUAAUUGUAUAGCACGUUCAUUUUGUUCUUAAUUAAAAAUGCUCGAAAAUACUUUCGACAGCUAUUGCUCCAAAUUUGUCUGUAGGUUGGGUUAGGGAUGUAGUACUAGGUAAAAGUGGCAAGUCGAUUAAUGAAGUAGUAAGUCUUCAUUAAUUGAGGUGGUUGGGGCAUGUUUCACGUAUGCCCAACCACCGCCCACCUCGACGAGCAGUGUUGUCUGGUGUAGGAUUAUAUUAGGAGAAAAAUAGGGGCGAUCAAACCAAGACGUGGCACUAAUCCAUGAAGUCGUUGAUAAUUAUACUGAGCCAUCUUAGCAGCAGAUGUAGACUACCUGGUUGUAGUCCACGUGAUUAUCGUAACCAAUCGCUAGAGGCUCUCAAUGACAUGACUCGAAAUCGAUUUUAAUGGUGCAUGUGCAUCCAUUCUUUGUCUUUCGUCAAAAUAUGAGAUUUUGAAUUCCUCAUAAUCUUAUUAUUUCACUGACUCAUAUUUACUAAGGGAUUUUCCCUAAAAAUUUCAUCUCUUUAUACCAAUGGUGUAUGGCAACUGGAGCUGAUGUGAUAGGUACUACGUUUAUUUUGACUCACUAACUCCUUGCAUAAAAAUGAUCCCGAUUUCAACCCAACUCUAGCCAUCAAAUAAUAGCCACUAUCCGCCUGAAACUAUAAUUUAACUACUUAUCCUAUCGUUAGUACUGUGAUGCUAAUUUUGUAUUCGGAAAAAGCUGUUUUUAAUUCGUCAAGUAUUGUUGACACUAUCUUCGUCUGUCUCUAGAGAAUGACGUCUUUGGAGAUUUUCUUACUAAAAUACUAAAGGGAGAUGACAACACAGGAUGAUGAAGUAGUGAAUAUUUAUGGAAUGAGGUGAUUGAAAUGUGUAUCAUAUAUACCCAACCGUCAUCUACUCCGGCGCACUUUGUUAGAUGGUUUAGAAGUAGUUUGAAAUGCAGUUAGAGAUGGCCAAACGAAGAUGUGGAAUUAGCCCAUGACAUCAUUGGCUGUUGGACUGAACUGUGUUGAUAGAUACGGACCACAUUGGUAGAUUCCACUUGAAAAUCGCAAUGAGUGAUUGUAGAUAUUGAGUAACAAUGGUCAGAAUCAGUCGUAGUGUCGCAGAUACGUCCACUUUCUCCUGAGCUUAUCAAUUGUUUUAUUACUUGAAUCCAUUCUUCUGUAGUCGUUUCUAAGCCUCAUCUUUUUAUUACUGUUUGUACGACUCCGGUAAUUUUAUCUAUCUUUCCAAAUGGUGCUGGAACUUCGGUUGAUUCAUGUCUACGUCCCUUACAACUGACUGAAUCUUCAUAAAAUAUGUGAUAAGUGUUGAUCGCUGCUAAUAAUUUAUUUGUAACUACGCCUUUUACUAUAUUCACCUAAACCGGUCACCCAAACAAAUAUAAUUAUGGGACCGAUCGAUUUUUUAAUUUAUCAAGUUAUAAUUUUUGUCAAACAAAUGUUGACCUACAAACUAGACGAUGUCUUCUUAGUGAAAAGUAUCUUUUAAGCUUCAGUCAUAGUCUGAUCCUCCACAAAUAUUCAAGUUGUUUAUUGCUAUCUCAUCCUUAAAAGACUUGCAGUAUAGUAAUUUUUGUUUUAUUAAUCUUAAAUCUAUGCAUGCAAAUUAAACGAACGGCGAAAAGCUUUACCAUAAUACUUUGAAAAGUGGUACACCAGCUUGCAAUACAGUGUUUAUAUCUUUUUUUUCAGUUCUGUUAUUGCCUCCAACAUAUUGCUUGUUGACGAGAUAAUGCGAGCCGGAAUGAGUUCUCUCAAAUGUUAAAUUCUUGCGUUUGUGAAUUAAUUAAAUAUAUUUGUUUAUGUGUCUGUUUGUGUUAUCCUUAAACCAUUUAUCAAUUUUCAAUUAGUCUUUUUCUGCAAAACUGUGCAACUCAUGUCUGUUAACAAUCUCAGCCUUAAAAACAAUAAUUCUUUACUCAAAUGCGGUUGUAAGAUCCCUCACCUUAUCAUGCAAUGACAUGGCCUGAUGCUUGCAAUCAGUAGGUCGUAUCACGCAACUUUACAAACAUGCUUCAGUUGUUAGAUGCCUGUUUUAUUACGCAGUCAGAAAACACUCAGCAACUACAAAUACUGUUCAUGCAGAGAGAACCACGUGCAUAUACCGUAAGUGUUGAAGUACUACAGGUGUUGCGGCAAGUCUCAUGAUUCAAGUAGCGUUUGCUUAAAGCGCCAUUGAAAAGAAAACCCUUAACUCCGCGUUCAGUCCUAAGAGACUGAUUAGCCAUUACACGCUUAAAGUGCGCAUUUUAUUGAGAACGCGGUUCAGAGUAAUAAGUAACUGUUGUCGUUCGUGAUUACCAACUCUUCAGUAUGAGCUAGGUCUAAUAAAUCUGUUGUAUAUGGAAAGUUCUAAGUUAACUUCCUUCUCACAGCUUGCACAAUGCGUAGUUGGAACGUGUUUCUUGUUUAAGAAUAUUGUGACCUAUAGAUAAUUGCAAAUUUCUAGGAAAAGCUUUCCGGCAGUAAAUUAGUUGUUGAGACUUGAAUAGAAGUCAGUUGAGUAGUUUGCUAUCAACCUACACUAUUAUGUUGUAUUAUUGCUACAUAUAUUAAAAGGUGAAUAAGGUACCAUUGGGUUGUAAUAAAUGACAUCUUCAGGUUUGACCCAUGCAGCUGAAUACUUUCAACCGAUUUUUUAGACGUUGCGGGCCAAGUGAUGUAUGUUUGGCUACCUGAUUCAAACUUUUUUUUAUUUAUUUAGACACAUCGGUACAAGAAGGCACCAGAUAUAUAAGCGUCACAUAGGGCAUUCGAUUUGUGUGUGAGCUGGAAUAUUGUUUGAGUGCCCAAACCGAAACAGGUGGUUUUCUUAGGGGGGCACAUCCGGAGCCUUCCACCUAAAGGUCUGAUUCAAAAAGCAGUGAAGCAGCGACAGGAGAUGCAGUCUAAUGGUAUCUGGUGCCCAAUAUUUGGUUCAUACGCCAUUCGUUCACUCAGGAUACUGGAGCCCAUGUACAUCAUCGGUUUGGGGACCAAGUUUUUCACCUCUUAGGUGGGUCAUCCGUACCCACCAACCCGGUUUGGGCUCCGGGCAUCCGCUUUUCGUCCUCCUAGUCCUACCAGCAGCACCCCUGCCGUAAGGCUGUGAGUACGACUUGGGAGUGGCUGUAUAUGUGUAGCCAUGUGAGAGCAUUUCGUGAGGGAGAGCUGACUACCCACUCUCAGCCGUAUCAAGGCAUUUAGCGGCUCUUGAUCAUUGCGGUUGUAAUUACAAGGCCACCAUGCAUUUCCGUACAGUGGAAUGAAAUUAAAU